AGUAAGCAUUGAAGUAGACUGGCGACAUGCAGGCAACCGACAAUCGACAACCGACAACGGGUAUUAUAGAUAGCCAUAGCCCGUGCAAAUGAGUGCUGUGUGUGAGUAUCAGAUAAAGCGCCGAUUGAAUGUGUGUAAGCGGGAAAGCAAUAAGAAACUGCUGUGAAGUAAAUAGAUGGUAGGUAUGGAGGAGACGAAGCGAUACAAUGAGUGCGUUUGCCAAACGAGUGACGAUAGUUGAAGUAGAAGGUUGUAAAAUGACAUUUCAACCGUUUCGGUGAUCAAAGCAAAUUGAUUAACGCGCCAAAAGUAGGCAAAAAAUACCAUUGGAAGUGCAAAGAAAUGUCAGCGUCAAGUGCAACACUGCACCCAAGUGUCAAAUUUGAAGCUAAUAAGGACAAAAAUAAAUAGUACAAAUUUAUGUGAAGUGAUAUAGAAAAAAAAAUUCAGUUUUGUAUCAUAUAAAUGUAUAGAGAAAUCCAAGUAAUGUGUAAAAAGUCUCUAUUCAAUAGAGAACAUAUUGUAUAGAAAAGAGAAAUUCAAAUACAUUCACAAACAACUUUUAUAUACGGCAAACAUAUAAGUGUUCGAAUUUCGGUGGAAAUGGUAUAAAAUAUAGAAAAACAAGUACAAGGCAAGGCAAGGCAAAACGCAGAGACAAGUAGUGCAACAACAAAAAGCGAACUGUAAAAAUACAGGGUUGUAUGUGUGCAGCUAAUAAAAUAAAAUAACUCGAGCCAGUUCACCACACCUCAGCCAACACACAAUCAGUAAUGCGGUAGACAGAGAGAGCAAGGCCUAUAUACAAUACUUACGUUGGAUGUGUGCGUCAUCUCACUUUGGCCUUGUUUGACAGUUCACUGUAUUUGACUUGGGCACAGUCGUAUCUGGGUAAUAUUGGUAGUGAGUUGUGGCAAUUAAGUGUAGAUUUUAAUUUGUGCAAUGCUGGUUAAAAAGUUGUCGACAAUGGUGAAGAAUAUUUUAAACUUGAUAAUAAAUUUGGGAAAAUAUCAAAAUAUUAAUAAUUUGUGAUGCAGUGGAAAAUAAAGUUAGUGUUUUAUGAAGGAAGUGAAAUUGGUGCAGAAGGAAGGUGAAUGUAAAAGCAGGCGCAAGGAGACGUAAAAAUUGAAUUUCAUAUAAAGACAAGAGGCAACCAACAACAACGAAAGCAAAAGAGUGACAUCGAAGUGAGAAGUGUCAGAAGCAAAGAAACAAUGUUAUAAGUAAAUAAAAGAGGUGGAGAAGAAAUAUAGCAAAAACCAGAGACAGAAAAGUGGAGAAAAAAGUAAAAUAAAAAAGGCAAAUAUAUACUCGCUUCAAGGGUUUGUAUGUGAAGCACCAAUUGUGCGUCCAUCUCUUUUUCUCAUAUUGCGUGUGGUAAAUGAUGAGCGAGCGUUCCAGUUGUCAAGUAUUAAAUGCAGCAACAAAUUAUAUACGAGCGGAAACCCUGACGCCAGCGGCAGUCAAAAUAAACGAUUGUAAAUGGCAAGCUGGUUUUUACAUUAAUCGAAAGCAGCAGCAGCAGCAGGAAAAAUAUCAGCAACGGCUACAGCGACGACAAAACGAGUGCGAGUACAAUCAGCGAAAACUCUCGACUCGAAAACAAUUUCACCAUAGUUGUUGCCACCAGAACAACGUUCAGAAAGCAACUAAUGCUAAAAUGUUGCAACAAGAGCAACGCCAAUUAGCUUAUGGCAAAACUAUGCAUGAAUUAACAUUCCCGAAAUAUAAUCAAACAGCAAACAAUUUAACAAAAGCUAAGAAUAUUAACAGUAACCCAACAACAAAAACAUCUAUAAUGACCACUGUACUUGACUCCAGUAUUCCUCGUCAUCAGCAAAUGCAACAGGAUAGCAACACGAACACAACAGCGAAUUGCAUGAAUGACACAAACUUAGCAUCGCCACCACCACCCCCAGCUUCGCAAAAUGUUGGUGGUUUGAGUGGUGGUACUCAACCUUCAACCAUCGGGGUCAAUUUACGCGUCACAGGCCAAUGCAGCCAGGGUGGGCGUAAAUAUAUGGAGGAUUACUUCUCGGUGGCCUAUCAACAAUCGGAGAAUGCCAAAGAUCUUGAGUAUGCAUUUAUUGGCAUUUACGAUGGACAUGGUGGCGCAGAGGCGGCUACAUUUGCCAAAGAGCAUCUUAUGAUGCAGAUAAUCAACCAGAAGUCCUUUUGGUCAGAUUCGGAUAACGAUGUGUUGCGUGCAAUACGCGAGGGAUACAUUGCGACGCACUAUGCAAUGUGGCGGGAUCAAGAAAAUUGGCCAAAAACAGCCAACGGCUUGCUCAGCACAGCGGGUACAACUGCCACCGUUGCCUUCAUACGCCGUGAGAAGAUUUACAUUGGGCAUGUCGGGGAUUCGGGCAUUGUACUCGGCUAUCAGAACGAGAAUGAAAAAUUCUGGCGCGCUAAACAGCUUACUGUCGAUCAUAAACCAGAAUCCGCAGAGGAACGUGCACGUAUACAACGUUCAGGUGGUAAAGUGGUAGUCAAGACCGGUGUACCGCGAGUCGUGUGGAAUCGGCCGCGUAGUGCUGGUCACAGAGGACCCAUACGGCCCAAUACACCCAUUGAUGAAGUUCCCUUCUUGGCAGUAGCACGUAGUCUAGGUGACCUCUGGAGCUAUAAUUCCAUGCGCAAUGUAUUUGUAGUUAGUCCAGAUCCAGAUGUGCAAGUAAUCAAAAUAAAUCCAAAGACUUUUAGAUGCUUGAUUUUUGGUACGGAUGGUUUGUGGAAUGUUGUAACCCCACAAGAGGCAGUCGAAACCGUUUACGAAAGAGAAUGCAUUAAUGAACGUCUCCAAGCAUAUGCGCAUAUCGAUAGCAGCAAUAUUGAAUGGACGAACCCCAGUAAGGGCUUGGUAGAGCGCGCAUUAAAGACAUGGGCCUCUAAAAGGAUGCGCGCUGAUAAUACGUCCGUCGUCACGGUCAUACUUUAUCCGCCUGGCAAUGAAACAGCAAAUGCUAACUGCAUUGGUGCGAAUGCGUUGCCAUAUAACAACUUACCAAACGGCGCAUGUGGUCUGGAGUAUGCAGAAGUAAGUGCCGAAGUCCCCGCAACCGAUUGUGGUAUUACUUAUGAGGAAAUAGCAGAAAAACAUGCCAUGCCUGAAGCCUUCCGCGAUUUCGAUUACUUCCUUGAAGAGGAAGCGCUGAACACCUCACUACAGUCGCUCAAUGCCGAUAACAGUGGCCCAAAAUAUUGCAAUGACGAGCUAUCGUAUUAUCAUAAUUGGAGUUGGGAGGAGCGUCAGUCGGAAUGUGUGGGCGAUUAUAAUCACCAUACGGCGACUUUAACAGCGCACAGCGAUGUUAGCAUUUGCAGUAAGGCCAUAUCAGGCGACGAUGGUAUCACAAGUAAUACUACUAAUCAUUUUAUAGCAAAUGAAGCUGAUGAAAAUGCUGUGGACGGCGUGCAUAGUGGCGAAGUUAGUGAUGACACAAAAAAGGAGUCCAACGAUCUUAAUUAUACCCAUUACAGCGCUGACACUUCAUCCAACUCGAAUAUGUCAAGCGAUGUGAGCAAUGAAUUAGGCAAUGCAAGCUUUAUGACAUUUGCUGAGUCCUAUAAUUCAUUUCUAAAUGAACAAAUGUCACAUGACAGCUCAAGUAGCUCCAACUCCAAUUCAAAUUGUCAGAUUAUUAGCGGCACGAAUGAAAUAUUACAGGAACAACAGCGCUAUCAACAGCAAUGCAUGUCCGAGGAGGAAGGCUAUUCGCUAACUAAGCUAGAAACUCGGCGCGAGCAACAACGCUGCAGUGGUGGUGUGCAGACAUUCAAAAUUUUCCAAACUCAUGGCACAAGUGGCACAAGUUACGUGCCGCAACGCCAGCCUUACGAAAACAAUCGCAAACAAGAACAAGCGGAAGUGCAGCGACAACACGCAGUCGGGCAGUCCACACCUACGCCGCAACUAUUCCUUGAAGAGACACGCGAAUUGGAGGAAGCGCUUACCUGGGAAACGGAAUGCUCUACGCUGAGCACGACAAUGAAUCGGUUUCUGAAUUAUCCACCAGACCCGCAGAAGCCACUUGAGUUGAAUUCGUUGUUGCAGCAAGAACGCGAAGAAGAGCAACAGGUCGCCUAUGAACGACUCGAAAUGCAGCGCAAAUUAGCGCACCCAGUUGUGGUGGAGGAGCUGCUGGAAAACGGCAGUAAUAAUAAAUUAGAAGCUGUUCAGCCACUAAUGCACCCAGCACCGAUUGAUGACGCCGAAGAUGUAUUGAUUGAGGAGUAUAUUGAAGAUGAAACCGAAAGUGCGGAGCGACAGCAAAUGGAAGACAACACAGCACAAAAAGAUGCAAGAGUACAAAUCAAUGAAGUCUCGUCCAGCAUGUCCGAUCAGACGGAAUGUGAUAGCAAUUCAGUGAAGCCGUUGGUGGCCCCCUUAAAACAAACUUCAAAAGUCAUUGAGAAAAUUGAAAAAAUUGAAAUUUUGCCACAGAAAAUAGAGUCAACGAAAUUGGAGCGCUUGGUGCGCCAUCCACUAAUGCCACACAAGUCGUCGCCCCUGUCACAUUACAAAAAAACCAAAGGAUCUGCAGCAAUGUCUACUUCAGUUUCAGCUUCGACUUCUGCGUCUUCUGUGCCAACCACUACCAGCGUAACUAAAAAGGCAGAAGUUGCCUCUUUUGACUUCACUUCCCGUCCACCAAAGGCAUGUCCGGGUCGCACCUCGCUCAAGCGCUCACAGACGCAAUUCCCCAAUAUACCCAAUGAGAAUGCACGUUUUAGCGAGACCACAUCUUCGCACGAGCUGAGCAAAAGACGUCGCUACAACGAAUACGUGUUGGGUGCGGUAAGCAGCACGAGCAACAACAAUGACAACAAUAGCACCAAUAAUGCGAGCAGCAGUGAUAACAAUAAUUGUCGCAAUCGACGCUGUAAUAGAACUUCGUCGCCCGGUCUCCACAGAAACAGCAGCUGUGCCGCCAUUGCCUUGGAGAAACGUCAACUGCGCAGCAAUAGCGGUACCGUGGACUACUCGAAGCGUACUUUACGCACUCGCAACUCACUCACCAAAGACCUGAAGGCAAAAGCUGCGCUGACCACAACAAUGCGACGCGUAACAACGCAAUUUCUACACGACACAGCCGUCAGUCUCAUGAACAGCAGGACGGCACUGGCGCAACAGCGUCAACGACGCAGUUCGGAUGUAAAUCACGCAGGUAGUUUGACUUUGAGUAGAAAUAGCAGCGUGACGAGUAAUAGCUGCAGCGGCAAUAGCGUUGGACGUAGAGCGCGUGCUGAAAAGCUACUAGCAGCGAGCACUGAUAAUUUAGAGGCGGCCUUUUCACAUGUCAUCAAUCUGCGUUCACGCAAAGUAGCGCAUUUCGCUGUUGCUGCAGCGGCGGCAGCCGCAGCCGCAAGUCACACACAACCAACGCGCCGUUCGAAAGGCAGUGUUGUUGGUGUCGCCGGCGGUGGUAGCCCACUCAUCUCCUCAUCGGCGAUGGUACUGCGGCGCGAACGACACAAUUUACGCAGCUUGAGUACGCGCAAUGCCGCAAGUGCCAGCCUAAUGUCCAGCAAUGGGCAACGAGAGUUUAGCUAUGGAAAGACAACACGUAGCGGCGGAGGUGGCGGCCUACACGCCGCAGGCAUAUGCCCGUACGGCUUAGCGUCCAACGCAACACCCACGUCGAAAUUGCUCAAUGGAGCAGCAGGUGUGACAGUGGCGACACGGCCGCGCGCACACACACUGCUCAUGGCAAAACCGACCGUGGGUGGCGGUGGGGGUGUUGCGACCGGCAGCAUGGGCGUGCGUGGCGGUAAUGGUGCAACGCCGAUGACACAGCCGACUUCGUAUGGGAAGCGUACAACGGCGCUGCGCAGUGGUGCUAACAGCGCUUGCGCCACAUCAAUGAUGCUGACGCGUAGCGGACGAAAUGGCAGAAGACUGAAUCGUUAAAUGGUAGGGAGGGAGGGAGUGUGCAGCUGGACGGCGUAGCGGCCGCAGCUGUUGCGCAGUUAUUGCGAAUUUAUUAGUACAAAAAUGCUCGAAAGCAAGCUAACACUUACGAUUUUCAUUGUCAAGGUUUGCACAGUUAAAAAAAAAACAACUAAACAUUUUAAAAUUGUAGAAAUGUAUGAUAUGUAUAGGUAGAUGUACUCUUGCAAUAAUCGUCUUCGAAUGAGGAACGAAGAACACUUCAGUAUGGUAAUUGUAUGCCAAAUUUAAAAGGGGGAAAAUGUUGUUUUUUUUACAAAUUUAGUUGUUCGAUUGGUUUCCGCUGAGAUCGAAAUAUACCACACCGAAUUUAUUUGCCAACUUGAAAAUUAUGGAAAUGGAGAAAAUGAAUAAAAUACAGAAAAUUGAAUUUUGUAAUAAUGCGCAUUUCUUUUAAAAA